UUUUUUGUUUUAAAAAAAUUAAAAACAAAACAUGUUUGACAGAGUCUGACUGUUUCCAAAAUUAUUAAAAGUGUAUUUUUGAUUAAUAAAUAAAAGCAUUCUAUUUUGAAACGAAAUGAGAUAAUAUUUAUAUCAAAUGAUUAUCACAAUUAAAAAAAAAAAAAAAAAAAAAAUGAUCCAAACUCCUACUGAUUUAUAUUUAUUAAUGUCAAGGUCAAACCCUUUUCAAAGACGCGUGUGGGGAUCAUCCUCUACUCUCCCAUCAUUAUUGGCCUUCCGUGUUCUAUAUACACACCCUGCGCGCCUUCACAGCUUCACUGCUAGCCUCGCAAGAAUUCAGCCAACAUGAGCAUUUUGGCAACUUUUUUUACCAUCAUUCCAAUCCUCUUUCUCAUAUCCUAUAUCAAAUCCCGCCAUAAUCUACUAAUUCCCAAGUUCAAUCUCCAUUCAGUCGUGAUGAAUUAUGUAAUUCUGCCUCUUACCCAUUUCAAUUCAGGUUGGAAUUUCUUGUUUCAACACUCCAACUUCUGGCAUACAGAAUGUGAUCGCGUGCCGAAGAACGGUGAAGAUCUCGGCGUUAAGCUUUACGAAGGCAGAGGGUCUGGGGGAGCUGUGGAAUGCGCUGUGUGUCUGUGUGAGAUUGAAGAAGGUGACGAGAUUCGUGAGCUCAAAUGUGCUCACCUCUUUCACCGAGUCUGCUUAGACAGAUGGGUUGAGUACCGGCACAUAACUUGUCCACUGUGUCGUGAUUCUCUACGUUCGCGAAGAUGUGUGGAUGAGGUCGGAGAGGAGGUUCUGUUGUUCAAGUUCUGUUCUUUCCGGUCAAGUGACCGGAAUUUAUGGUGGUUACGGUGAAUCAUAGGUGCACCUAGUCAUAAUUCCGUUCUCAUAUGAGUUCAUUGUAAUGCCUCUCGACCUCAAAAAGAUUUCUCUCGAUUUCUACAUUUUGUCAAUGGUUGUAGAGUAGUAGCGUAUCCUUUACCUGCCGGGGUGAAAUGAGAGCUUGAAAUCGGUCGUAUAGAGACAAAUGAAUAUAUGAGUUUCUUCUCAAUCAAAGAAAAUAAACGAAAAAAUAAAUAAAAAGUCAUGUUGGCUGUUGCGGACCUAUGUGCUCUAACUUCAUAAAUAAAUUUCGAUUGCCAUUUAAAAACUGGUAUCACUCUGUUAUGUUUGGGUGGAGCGAACAGGCGACUUUGAUUUAGAAUUGAAGGAAAUUUAAGACAAAUUUUGUAGUAAAUUUCCUCCAUUGUCAAAUUCAAAGCCUCCAUGUGGUGCUUCCGAAAGUAACAUACAUAGCAUUGUCUCCAGGUUUAAUUAUUGUGACCAGUAUUCUUUAAACCUACCCUGUAAUUGCAGCUCAAUUAUUGAAGUAUGCUUACUCUGUUCUUGCAGAUCAAUUAUUUACGUAUGCCUACCCUGUUCCUGCAGCUCAAUUAUUUUUAACAUUUUAUCAAUCAUAGAAUACA